AUGAAUUCCCAUAUAGAUGGCUGGCAGGAGGAGUCACCCACCAAUGCCACUUACCUCCAGAUGUACGAUGACAAUGAGGUUACUCGUUUCCAGAUUGCAGCCAACCUUGCAAGAGCCCUAAACGAGAUGAUGUCAAUGGAUUCUAUCUCUGUAUUCGACAUUCUCUAUCGCACUCAGCAACACCUUGAGCCGAACAUUGUAAUAUAUUCUCUCAAUCCCAACGGUCGUUGCUUUACCUGUUACGGAUGUCUGGUCGACAGUCUAAACCUUCAGUCGGGCGCAAAGUUACCUGUUGAUCUGCAAGCAACUCUUAUUGAUUCACCCACAAAUUUCGCUCCAGGAUUGAACGUAGACCAGUCUCCCAGUAACUACUAUUUGGAAGAUGUUUUCCUAUCUAACUUACCCACUAUGCCUAAUUCCGUGAUGGCAUAUCAGGACAACAGCAGUUGGGAUACUUGGAUCUGCGAUGAGUGCUCGGAGAGUAAUUUGAGUUAA